UUGAGAAGGAUUGUAGCUAUGCAACUUGGCAAAGCAGGCUUCUCCAAAUAAAGCAAUGGGAGGUUUGGAUACCGACAUCCUCUCCUUCACUAUAAAUACUUUCUCUACAAAGAGGACAGGCUUUGGAUGCCGGAACUCUAAACCAGUGACUAUCGAGGCACACAAAGGGGGAAAUUAUUAUUCACAAACUGAUAACCAUGCCGAGAGUGGAUGCAGACCUCAAAUUGGACUUUAAAGAUGUCCUGGUUAGACCUAAAAGAAGUAGUCUUAAAAGCAGAUCUGAGGUGGAUCUGCAGAGGACCUUCACAUUCCGCAACUCCAAGCAGACGUACACUGGAAUCCCUAUCAUUGCAGCAAACAUGGACACGACUGGGACCUUUGAAAUGGCACAGGUUUUAAGUAAACAUGCACUGUUCAUUGCUAUGCACAAACACUACUCAGUGGAAGAGUGGAAAACGUUUGCAGUCAACUUCCCAGAGUGUUUAGAGCACAUGGCUGCAAGCUCAGGCAGUGGGAAGGCCGACUUAGAGAAGCUGUGCAGUAUCCUGGAGGCGGUCCCACAAAUAAAGUACAUCUGUCUCGAUGUUGCAAACGGUUACUCCGAGCACUUUGUGGAAUUUGUGAAAACUGUCCGAGGCAAAUUCCCCACUCACACCAUCAUGGCUGGCAAUGUGGUGACAGGAGAGAUGGUCGAGGAGCUUAUUCUCUCUGGAGCUGACAUUAUUAAAGUGGGCAUUGGACCAGGCUCGGUCUGCACCACUCGUAUAAAGACAGGGGUGGGAUACCCCCAGCUGAGUGCUGUGAUUGAGUGCUCUGACUCUGCACACGGGCUGAAAGGACACAUCAUCUCUGAUGGGGGUUGCAGCUGCCCAGGUGAUGUCGCCAAAGCCUUUGGCGCGGGAGCUGAUUUUGUCAUGUUAGGAGGGAUGUUUGCCGGUCAUGAUCAGUGUGCAGGGGAGGUCAUUGAGAAGAAUGGCAAAAAGAUGAAGCUCUUCUAUGGGAUGAGCUCCGAUACCGCCAUGAAGAAAUAUGUGGGAGGUGUCGCUGAGUACAGGGCGUCGGAAGGCCGGACGGUAGAAGUUCCUUACAGGGGCGAUGUGGAGAACACUGUUCGGGACAUCCUCGGGGGACUGCGCUCCACCUGCACCUACGUGGGAGCUGCCAAGCUGAAGGAGCUGAGUCGAAGGACUACCUUCAUCCGGGUCACACAGCAAUCCAGUCACAUGUUUUCCUAACCUGGGUGUAAAACACAGAUUAUUUUUGCUGGGGUUUACCUAACAGACUUUUCUUUACAGCAGUUCAACAAGGCAAGUCACAGUGAUUUCUUCUCAGUCUCAGGCUGGUUUAGAAAUUUCCAUAAACCUGCAUUUUGAUCAGUAGCUGUAGUUGACCAGUUAACUGAAAUUCAGCUUUGCAUCCUCAAAAUCAGGGUAUUUCUAUAUAUAAUCGGAGAGAAUUAACUAUCACACAUCUUGGAGAUAGUUUCUUUAACAAAGUUUGGGUGUAAAGCACCAUUUAAAAUGUUAUGCACCACAUGAAACAGCAGCUGUUAUUUAGUAUACUUGGGCAUCUUUAUAUUUUACUUUUGUAUUUAUGUGAAACAAUGCAUCAUGAUACUAUAAAUAAUGAAACCUUGUGAAAGUAAAUGCAAGAUUAUAAAUUUAUAAAGUGCUAUGCUUUUUAGGAUUUUUAUUUGUGUUUACUGUUUAAACUUUUAAACCUUUACAGCCUCAGUUUAAUACCAAAGUAUAUCUUUUUUUUUUGUCAAGGGGAGGCAUCUAUUCUGCUGUGUGUAGAACACAAGUAUACAAACUUAAGUUAACUGUAUUAUGUAUUGUCAAACAACUUAAGUACUUCAGGAGUAAGGAUGUAUUGUGUAUUAGAAAAUGAAUAAAUUACCACUAGUUGAACUCAUGUCACAUUGGUUCUUAACAUCUAACACACCCCAGCUAGGUUUGAAUCAUACCUGUAGCUACUGCUCCUGAAAAAAGAACUGGUGAAAAAAAAUGUUGUGUAAUGUUGAACUCCUCAGUAGUAAAUGCACUUUAGACUUAAUAUUGGAUGAUUUGUUUUUUGAAAAAUUUCUAUGGGUCAUACAUAUACGUUAAGACAUGCUUGAGUCAAAUCAAAUCCCAGGCUAUAGGUCAAAGGUCAUGUACAGUAUUCCAUGACACAUGAUAUCAGUAAGGUGUUGUUAAUUUCAAUUUAAAAGUCAAAGAAUGUAUGCUUGAAAUCUUGAUUUUACCACGUUUUGCUGCUAGAGUUACAUUUCUAUAACUAAACUGAUCUUUUCUAUUUAGUUUUGGUAGUAAUUAAAAUAUGAAAUGUUCAUUUAAGAGCAGAGUUGUACUUGUUUAUUUGACCAGUGUGUUGACACAACACCUUUACUUCAGGUUUGUGUUGUGUAUGAACUGUUUUACGAUUGAGAAACAAGUCUAAAAGUAUUUCUGAAGGGUGAACCAAAGUAUGGGCGCUCUCAUUUUCCCCAUAAUUUCCAAAGCUCUGGGAAUGAAGAAAUGAGCCACUGUGGGAAUAAUACAGUAGAAUUGUUAAUACAGUAGAAUUGUUACGUUCCAUGUUCACUUGAGUUUAGGAAAUAAAUAUAUUUAUUUUAAAAUGUUUACUCAAAAUAUAUAUUAUUAUUUUUUAAAUUUUACUUCUUCAUUGUGGGACCUUAAUCCUGUAUCACGUUUGCCUCAGUGAACAGAAUGAGGAAGGAACAGACUCUCUCUUUUUUUUUUUUUUGUACUUUGGUGUUAGGAUUUCCAUGGCAAAUGUAAUGGAAAAUAUGAACUUGCUUGUUUUACACCAUGUGAGACCCAGACAUGUUUUAAAGAUAAGGAAAGUGGGGAAUGCUUUUAAAACAAAAGUGUUGUGCGAAUGUGAAAUGUGGUUGUUGAAUGCAACUUGAAUGCAAGUGCCGGUAUGUAUAAAUUUAGAAAAACUAAAAUAUAGCUACUAACUUACAAACAGGUGUUCUCUCUGGCUUUUGUUUUUGUGCCAGCUGGUAAACCUCAGAUCACUCAGAAACUGAUUCCAAAAUCAUAUUUAUUUAAUUGCCCUGUCACUACUCCCUGUUGCAGUCUCCUCUGUUGUUUCAUUUAUUUUUCAACACAAAUGUUUUUACAUUUUAUGCUGGGUAUUGCAUUUGUAGUAAUGUUUAUUUAAAAACCCAAGGCCAUUGUUACGAUGGUAAUUGCUUGAUACUAUCUUAAGAGAAAACAUCUAGUUUUAGGUUUUUAGCUAGAUUGACAUAUCAUUUUUAUGUUUCCUGUUAAAGUAACUUCAGUAUUAUUAUUUAUUUCUUAGCAGAUGCCCUUAUCCAGGGCGACUUACAAUUGUUACAAGAUAUCACAUUAUUUUUACAUACAAUUACCCAUUUAUACAGUUGGUUUUUUAGUGGAGCAACCUAGGUAAAGUACCUUGCUCAAGGGUACAACUCACUUUUCACUAUUGUUUGUCUAGACACUUUAGUAUUUGCAAUUCACACCUUGCUUAGGGCAUUCUUUUGCACUUUAACUUAAUUUGGGAUAUAAUACAUGUUUUUAAAAAGUCAUAAAUCUGUAACUGGAACCUUUCCCUUUGAAAGAGCCCAGGGAUAGGAUGGGUUUGCAGUCUGAGCUACAGCCGACUGAAGAGAGGUCCAUCCAGGGGUAAAGCCCAUAUUGUGGAAAGCAUUGUGGGAAAGAUAGCAUGAAUAUGGCUAUGAGAAACAGUCCUUAACGCAAUUAUCAAAAAAUCUACAGUGGCAGUGCAGUAGUUAAUUGACAAUGACAGUGCAAGGGCUGCUACAACAGUACACAGUGGUGGAAUGGUACUACAGUGGUAACAUUGUCAUAUUUGAACAUGGCGUUAAUCCGUAUUCACACAGGUUGUAAUAUGGUAGCAACAGCACACACUCGGGCUAGACUCACAACUGUUUGCCUUCACUGGAAUUCAAGGUAGUUUUGAAACGAAAAAGCAAAUCAACAAAAUAAGCCUGCAGUAGUGUAUGUAAGCACAGCACAGUGGAAAUAGUGUGAACCAGUAUCUACAUUGUACACCCUUGUUCCUUACUUUCUGUAUAAACAUCUGGGAAUAACAUUUGAAUUAUGGCGUUAAUAAUCAUGUUAAGAUCAGAUGGAGUAUAAUGCACUACUACAAGUUAUUUACUGUUUUAGUUCCCUAUUGUGAAGACAAGGAGCGAUUUAUAAUUGAUCGAUCGAUUUACAACUUCGAAAUAUGUGAAAACAGUAUUAGUGUAAUACCUUAUCAGAGCCACUGUGCAAUAGUUGUUCUUAAUCCACUGUGUGACAAUUGAUGGUAAUGAUAUGGUUCUUCAGGGUAAUACUCUGGAGUUAUCAUGGUAUCCCAAUGGUACAGUAGACUGCAUACAACAUGGUAUCCCAAUGGUACAUCAGAUCUCAGAGGUUGGCUUUUCCCAUAUCUGUAGAACCAGAUAUGGGAACAGCCAACCAUGUGUACAUUUUGUUAGAUUAUUUGUUAAAACGUUACUUUUAAGAAUCCAAUUUACAUGUAUGGGAUUACUGACAAAACCACUGAAUUUUUAGUGGUAUUUGUAUGAAUAUUUUUUAGUAGCAUGGCACAGUAUAUACCACUGUGAAACUGUGAACCAGCAUGUAUGUUUUAUUUUAUAUUUGUAUCAUUUCCUUCACCAGAAGAACACCAAUGUACACACUCCCACAGAGCCAAUCAUUAUGGAAGACAUUACAUUUUCCAGUGGUUCAGACAUAUCCCUAAAUAAGAGUUUGUCAGCUGUGUGCAAAAACAGAGUAGUAGGUGAAAAACUAAAGCCUUUGUUUUCAGUUGAAGUCACCAGGAAUGGAAAUUUCCACAAAAUUGGAAAAGUCCAAAACAUACAAAAAGACAAAAAAAGUAUGGUUUUAUACCACAUUUGUAAUAUUUUACAUUUGUUUGUUUAAAGCAGACAAAACUCAAAAGGCACAGCUUUGCAAUUGGCACUGUUAUUUUAUUAGUACGAGUAUACUGAAACAAUAGACUUGUACUGGUAUACAGACAAUUUCUUUUUUUCUUUUUUUUUAAACACAUUUGUUCAAAUUCUGAAUCAAAUAUUGUUUUGUUAUUCAUAAUAAUGAAAUAAAUUCUAACUAGAAAACCUGCAAGCACCAUCAAAGAAAGGGACCCUAAAAUCCAAUGAACAGACUUGAGUGUAUCCUACAAAUAGACACACCACGAUUAGAAAAUAGAAUUUGAAUUCUUCCAUUUUUGUUUAUAUUUGUUUUUAAAAAAAGCUAGUGCAAGUACAAUAUAUUACACUGGAAUUACAGAGAGUAUGCACGCAUAAGGAAAAGUUCUCCUUUCACAAUAAAAGCUCUUAACUAUGUCUGUACGUACUUAAAAUGGUUUCUUUCUAUUAUCAGUAAGGUGCAAAACAUUAUUCCCUCUCCCCUGAACCCUCACUACUGUCCAGAUCUGCCAUUUCCACUGCCAUGACUUCACAGCACAGCCUCCAGUUCAUUUCUGCAGGAAGACUUCUAACACAUCAACCCUCCCAUUACUAUAAUAAACAACUUUAGGCUGCUGAAGUUUCUUCUUUUUUUUUUACUUAUAACCCGACUUAUAAAAAAAUAGCUACUACAUAUGUAAUAACAACAUUAAAACACAACUCUUUCCCAUCCAAAGGUACUUAACCACAGAAAAAUAAAAGCAUUACCCUCAACUUUAGUUUUUGUCGGUUGGGAGGGUAAAUGGCCAGUCUGCAUUUCCAAGUAACACGGUUGAAAUAGCACAGAGAUCACCCCGCUGUGCCAGAACUAGUUCUCUUUAGUAUUUGUCAUUGAUAUUCAAACUAAUGAAAAAAAUUGCCCUUGUAAAAACAUACAGUAGUACAGCUCCAAAAUCCAGUACCCACAUGAUUUAUUUUAUUAGUUGAAUGAAUUAGUACUAGAACAUGUAUUCUUUUUUUUUUUUAAAGGGGUAUUCAAACACUGAUCCACAGAGUCAGUGUCAAGGGUUGCACCUGUCACCUUUUGACAACAGUGGUUUUAGACACUGGUGUCCAUUGUGGACUACUCGUUGUACAAUGGGACACAUUUAGAGUGCUGUAAACCCCUGGUGUUUGAAUCAUAUAAGACUGGAAUAAGACUUGUUGGCCAGUGUUAGUUUGACAAGCAUGUAAAACACUUUUUGUAACGUGUGGAUAGUUCUAAAUACCUUUUAUUAAAAUAUAUACGCCAGAUUAGAUUAUAUGUUUUUAUGAUAGUCAAAAGCAAACUAACAUACAUUCAGCAAAUGUUAACUACCUUUAGAAGUGUCAUGUUUGGAAAUACAGCACUGCACUCUGGUGUAAUGGGGAUCUGAGAUGAGGAGUAACAAAACAUCAACAAAACACUGAAAAUGGCUUCUGCGUUCCUUGGACUGGUUGAUAAACACAUUACUGACAAAACGACUGGUUUAACUGGGUCAAAUGCUCUCUGCGAGGGUGCACAGCUUGCCACAAACAGAACCUAACUUAAAACAGAACACAAAUUGUAUUCAGGAUUAAACAGAAAUGUGUAGUUGAGCUUUAAAAAUUCUCAGACAGUCUGCUUUCUGGUGAUAGCCAUUAAUAUCAUGUUACAUGUGUUCAACAAACAGCAACCAUUUGACUUGUGUUUGUUUUCUUGUCUUCUUUCCCACAAGAUGUGACAUUCAAUGUUAUUAUAAACAAAUAAAAAAAUACUGAAAUACUCGCAUUAACAUUCAAUUUUCUUUUGUGCAAUUUAAGGAAAAAAAAAAAAACAUUACCUGUACUCUGCAAU